AUGUUCAGAUCGCUCGCUGCGGUGGGUUCUCCCCCCGCUAUGCCUCCGACGACCCCAGACGAUGCCACGAAGCAGGCGUUGCUUUCUGUCGUGCAGAUCUGGCUUGAUCGCCUCCAAGCCAUGGCGGUCAUCACCUCCUUCUUCGUUUCGAUAGACAGCCUGGUCUACUCAUUCCCUGCCCGUCCCGCCGAUCCAAACGAGUGGUCGUCGACAGACUUGCUGAUUUCAGCAAGCUUAGGCGGGGCGAUCAUCUUGCACGUCUGCGCAUCCAUCGUGGCUUACACGGCGUCCUUCGUCCUCAUACGCUACCAGCUCACUGAUGCAGAGAACCAAGAGCAUGAAGCUGAUCCCCCGUCUGCAACCCCAAUCGCGCAAUGGAAGGCCCCGUCAUCUGCUAACGCGCAGUCUCUCUCUACCGUAUCCGUGACCCCUGCCCGCGACCCGAUCUGGGACGCGUACAUCGACCUCCGUUCCCUCGUCACAGUACAACAAAUGCGCUUCUUCGGCCUCCUCGGCGUUCCCUGCCGUGCGGCCACGAGGAAGACCGGCGAGAAGCGCGAUCCGGAGGCAUCACCGACCGACAAGGCGGUCGCCACACUGCGGUCUAUGGUGGCUACGCUAUCGAAAUGCCACACCGUCGUCGCGGUUAUGACGCAGCUAGGGUUCACACUGGCGUUGCUGGGCAUAGUGGCGUACUUCUGGACGGGGCUUCCACGGGCGCUAGGCAUCUGGGCCUCGGCGCUUCUUGGCGGGUGUUUGAUCGGAAUGGGGGUCGCAUUCAUGUGA